AUCUCACCAACCGAAAGAGAGAAAACAAAAAAAAACAAAAAAAAAAGGGAAAAGUCAAGGAGAGAUAUUGUUGUUUUGGGCAGGCACACACCAGGAGGCUGUGAAAUCAAAUGAAAACUUCUCCUGGGUGUUGGCAUGUUGUACACCCCUUUUCUAAUCUCUCUCUCAAAAUCUCUCUCCUUCCCAAUCUCUCUCCCUUUCUCUUUUAUUUUCUUUUCUCUCUUUCUCAACAUGGGUCCUCUACAUUUUGCUGACACGGGUUGAAUUCAAAUCAAAUCUCCACAAUCCCUUUCUCUUUCUCUCGUCUUUCUUGCCUGAAAGAGACUUUCCCGGAAAAUUCCCAAUGCAUGGUCUUUAACAUCAAUAUAGAAUUGUCUUCUUCACAAAGGCUUAGAACAGAUUUGAAUUACACGAAAUGGGAGACUCUUCUCCAGAAGAGAAGAAAUCUGGGUGUGGCCUUUUGAAUGCAGUUUUCGGACGCCGAAACAUAUGGCCGAGAAGAACAACCUCGACCAAUUCACUUCCCACUUCGAAUGCCAACAACCUUGUCAGAGUUCCGAGCACACCCAAUUCUAAGAGGCGGCGAGGAGGCUCUGAUGAGGCAGCUUUCCUCGAAACAUCGACAGUUUCAACAGAAGCAUCACAAAAACAAGUUGACAGAGUCAUUCCUAGGCCUGGACCAAACCAUCAAAAAGUCCCACCUCAAUCUCAUCAAAAUCAUCAUCAUCAACAACAACAACAACAAAAUAAUGCUCCGAAAAGCGCGGUUCGAGAAGGGUAUGGCCAAGCCAGAAGGGUACCGCAGGGGACAACUGGAAUUUCCGGCGAGCUUGAAACCAUGAUCGCCGAUCACCAGCGAUCCAAGGGAGCUGGAACGUUCGUCCGAGCUUCCUCCGGCAAUGUCAUGCUCUAUGGCCAUUUGGGUAACUUGAGACAACCCGGUGGCGGUGGCGGUGGCGGUACCGGUGGUGGUGCUGAUGUGCUCAAUUACUUGCCCAAGACGAAAGAAGAGCAUUCGAAGCCCAAUGGGAGGUACCCGAAUUCUGUAAUGGGAAAUGUGGUGAAGAAAGAGGGCGAAAAACCAACUUCUUUGUGUCGAGCUCUGUCGACGAGGAUGGAUCCUGAGCAGCUGAAGAUUAUGGGGAAUGAAGAUUACAAGAAUGGAAGGUUUGCUGAAGCACUGGCUUUGUAUGAGGCUGCUAUCUCUAUUGAUCCAAACAAGGCCUCUUAUAGGAGUAACAAAAGUGCGGCAUUGACCGCUCUGGGUAGGCUUCUUGAGGCGGUUUUCGAGUGCAGAGAAGCAAUUCGGAUUGAACCAUAUUAUCAAAGAGCUCAUAAUCGUUUGGCAACUCUAUAUGUUAGAUUAGGAGAAGCAGAAAAGGCAAUGUAUCACUAUAAACAAGCAGGUGCUGAAUCAGACCCUGAUGUCUUGACUAAAGCUAAAAAUCUUCAGGUUCGUCUGAGUAAGUGUACUGAGGCCAAGAUACAACGAGAUUGGAACACACUGCUGAAAGAAACCAGGCUCGCCAUAUCAGCUGGUGCUGAUUCCGCCCCACAGAUUUUUGCAUUGCAAGUUGAGGCCUUGCUGAAGCUGCAUAGGCUUCAAGAAGCAGAUGAAGCAUUGACGAAGGGACCAAAUUUUGACAUGGAUGAUUGCACUCAAUUCUUUGGGCCUAUUGGUCAUGCAAGUCUGUUAGUGAUUAGGGCUCAAGUUGAUAUGGUUGCCGGCAGAUUUGAUGAUGCGGUGGCGGCAGCUCAAAGAGCAGCACGGCUGGACUCAAGCAGCAAGGAAGUGAACAUGGUGGUCAGGAGGACACGGGCGGUGGCAAUGGCUCGAUCCAACGGUAACGAUUUGUUCAGGGGACAAAGAUACUCGGAGGCCUGUGGUGCAUAUGGAGAGGGACUCGACCAUGACCCCUACAACUCGGUGUUGUUGUGCAACAGAGCCACUUGCAGGUCCAAACUCGGCCAAUUUGAGAAAGCAAUCGACGACUGCACCGCUGCCCUUAAUGUGCGCCCAUCUUACAGGAAAGCCAGAUUAAGAAGAGCCGAUUGCUAUGCGAAGUUGGGAAAAUGGGAAGCAUGUAUAGAAGAUUAUGAAAUGAUGGUGAGGGAGACACCAGAAGACGAGGACUCGGUCCGGGGUUUGAAGGAUGCCCAGUUACAACUUAACAAACAGCACGGCCAAGUCCAAGUCCAACAAAGUGUCACGACUAGGGACAUCAAGGUUAGUGAUGGUGCUACUGCUGCUCAUGAUGUGCCCCUCAUAUCCAGCAAUGAUCAUUUUAGAGACUGCAUUUCAUCACCUGGUGUAUAUGUGAUGCUAUUCUGUAACAAGCCCGUUGACGGACAAACAUUGCAGUUUAUGGACCAACUCCGCAAGAGAUAUAACAACUCUACCAACUUCUUCAAGGUGAAUAUUGAAGAUCAUCCAUCAUUGGCGAAAUCGGAAGGUGUUGGCUCAUCACCGGUCUUCAAAAUAUACAAGAACGGUUCAAGGGUAAAAGAAAUUCCUGGCAACAGCCAUGAUUUAUUAGAAAGCUCCAUAAAAUACUAUACCACAUAAUGCCAAAAAAAAAAAGGUAUCUAUGGAAAACAAUCUUUUGAGUUCUCAUCCCCCAUAAAAAUGCCAGAGGGACCAAACAUAUGCAGAAAAGGAGACAAAAACCAUUUUUUAAAUUAUUUUAUUUAUGGGAAAAAAGGAUAAUUUGUGGGGUACUUUUCUGAGUAUUCUUUAUAUGCUGUAAAGGAAAGUAAAAAGAAGCAAGAGAGGGAAUAGGGUUGGUUCAACUUUGGUGGCAAAGCCCUUUUUAGCAUGGAGUGCAUGCAGGAUGAUGGACUGAAUUGGAGCAAACCAAAUGGAUUGAAUUGGAAUGGGGGGAUCAGUGUUUAUAUGUAUGCUUGAAUGUAAUCUAGUUUUUGACGUACUUGGUGUUCAAAUUUUUUGUUUGAUCCAUUGUUAUUCUAAACUCAUUUGUUUA